AUGAUAUUGCCAACAUCUGUAUUUAUAGCUUUCGAACUAGCACUAUUGCUUAAGCCAUUUAUUAUUAUCACACUCAAAGGAGAUGUGGGCUUUAGACCUUUAGAUCAAGUAUUAACUAUGGCAUCAUUAUUGGUUUGUGGGGUUUUCUUUGUGUGGAGCUUAAUGGAAUGUUACAGACUUAUUCAAAGGAUUCACAAUCCAGAGGAUGAGUUAGCAAAACAAAAGGAUAUGAUGAUGGUCCUUUUGCGAAGCAAGCAUAUGCCUACAAUUAUGAUCGAAAAAGUUGCAGAAUACUACAACUAUAAAGUCGGCAAAGCAAAUAUUAUUAAUAGUUCAAAUGACCUAAUUCAUUCUCUGCCUCAACCUUUAACUAAUGAAAUUAAGUUGGUUCUUAAUGAACGUUACAUUAGAAGGAUACCGUAUUUUUCCGAGUGGCAUUCGGAUAUAGUUGAGUGGCUUACACUAAGUGCGCAUGAAGAAUUCUUCAUGACCGGUGACAUCGUUAUCAAUGUUAGUAUUAGCAGUUUCGAAGGACUAAUCGUGGUAAAAGCGGGACUGUUGGCGGUGUACUCGUCAGAUAAUGUUGAAACUGAGCACCUCAUCGACGGAGAUUACUUCAACGAGAUGUCGCUGUUCACCGACUGCGAAGUUAGCGCUUGCGAAGUGGUCGCUAUAACGCAUUGCCAAGUAUUACUAUUAGAAAAAGAUGUGUUCAGGACACUUAUGCGUAAAUAUCCAAACUUGUUCUACUCAAUGCGAGCACAAUUGAUACGAAAGUAG